CAUAAACUUCCGGUGUUAUUUUGGACAGAUGACAAUCGAAUAGAUCAGAUAACAUUACUAAAAUUAAAUAAACUGGUUCGACAUAAAGAAUGUCAAUUUUGUAUACAUAGAAAUGAAAGGGAUAUUUUCUGCAGCUAAGAAAGGUGAUCUGACUUUCAUCCAGUCACAAAAUAUAGACGAAACCACGACAGACGACGACGGGGCCAAUUGUUUACAUUAUGUUUGUAGGGGUGGGAACGUGACAUUAGUUGAAUAUCUUGUAAAUACAAAACAGUUUAACGUGUCGAAGAAAACAAAAUUCGGAUCUACUGCCUUCCAUGAGGCAGCGGCUUCAGGGGGCUUGGAUAUUGUGAAAUGGUUGUGGACUAAUACUCAAGUAAAUAUUGAUGAAGGUGACGAUGUUGGAGCCACGCCCCUUCAUAUUGCUGCAUUAUAUGGACAGCUUUUGGUUGUGCAUUGGAUUAUAAACAACACAAGCUGUGAUCUCUUGUUGAAAACUAAAAAAGGGGCUACAUGUCUCCACUUUGCAGUUGUUGGAGGGAAUUUACAGGUUGUCAAACUAAUUCUCACUGAAAUUCCUCGGUCGAUCAAUUUGCAGCUUGAUAAUGGAGCCACACCAGCAUACCUCGCCUGUCAAUAUGGACAUCUGGAAAUACUCAAAUACUUAGUGGAGAAAAAUGCAAAUAUGAAAAUGAAAUCUUUUGAUGGAAUGUCUUAUGUGCACGCAGCUUCUCAAGGGGGACAUUUAGACGUUGUCAAAUGGCUGGUCAAAGAGCAAGGGUGCAACGCCAACGACCGUGACCUAGACGGUGCUUCCUGUCUUCAUUUUGCAGCAACCAAUGGACGAGCGUCUGUUGUGGCAUGGAUGAUGAAAGAAGGUGGCGCUAAAGUGACAUUAGAUAAUCUAGGAGGAAGUCCACUUCACAAUGCUGCAGAACUGGGACAUUUUGAGGUGAUUAAAGCUCUGUUAGACAACGGUUGUGAUGUUAAUAUAACGGACAAUGACGGACUAACAGCAGCAGAAUUAGCUGAGAAGUGUCAUCAGUCCGGUUGUGCUGCUCUCAUACGUGGAGAGUUUCCAUCUUCUGACUUCUUAGAAAAAGAAAACUCGGACAACAUAACACAUAGUAAUGGUAUAAAUCGCCUGAAUACUAGCAACCAAACUAACCAAUCAGAUCGUCAGAAACCUUUUAUAAUCCAGGCAUCUAAUAGCUUCUCUAACCACUUUAAUCAUUAUCCUUCUUACAACCGUUCCUCUCAAAGUAACUUCAGCCAAUCAGAUCACGAUUCAUUCACUAACAACACCUCUUCCACAACGCAUGACUCCCUGAACUCAACUGACAGAAACGUGACGCCUGAAGCAUGUGAUAAUCUUAAUACUAACUCGCACGACGUCCACCAGGAACCUCCUGUUCACAUUCCAGAACGAGACUACCCAGAAGACGACGAUUCGUUGUCAAGCACCGAAAGUGUUACAACCCGCUCAAUACCAGCAGAUAAUUACAAAUCGCACCAGAUAAACCCAGACAACUACGAACCACCAGACUUACCUCCAGAUACAAUAUCAGAAAAAGAUUCAGAAAACGGCAGUCCAUUUUCAUUAGAUAAAAGCAACACAACAUUUUCUGAAACUGAUAUUUCGACACAAGUUGCCAAUGGCACAGAUAAAUCUGUUGUAGAAGAAUAUAUUUCUGCUGAACAGGAAAGUGAUUUAUCUUCUGAAACAUCAACAUUGUCGUCUGCUUCAAGAUAUGAUGAAGUAGGCAAAAAACAGAAGACGACGGACAGUUCUGUUCAUUUUUCAAGUGAUCAUCAUUUUAUAAAUUCGCCAAGCGCAUCUACACAAGGAAGCCCUGCUAGCUCACCGUAUCGUGUAUCAUCACCCCGUGCGUCCAUUUUAUCUAAAGUAACCGAAGACCAUAGCAGUCAGGCAAACUUUGUUUCAACAAAUGUUGUAGAAAAAAGAACUGUACAAACACUUAGAGACAAUUUUCAACGCAAAGACUCUUCUUCGCUGAUUCCAACUCCUCCGUUUCCUGGAAUACCACCAAAAGUGCCAACUUCCGCUUCAAAUUUGAAACCAAAAGGAACUAGAAACAUGACUGAAUCAAUAACGGCUCCUAAAUCUGAUUGGUUAUCAGAGCUUAAACAAUUGCAUGUAAGCAAUUCAGAAACAAACUUGAAUGAAAAUGAUACAAAUGAUCAAAAUGGUGAUUCUGAAGUCGCACAAAUUCGUACAAAUGGAAAUGCUGAUCAUGCAGAAAAAAAUCUACCAAUGUCAAUGACGAAUGGCGAAGUUAAAAAAUCACCAAGACCACAGCUGUUAACAUCAUCAUCGUCGACCGGAAACUUAGCGUCAAUGGGUAGUAUGAGUCCUGUCAUCGGGAGAAGUAUAGUGGACGAAUUGAAGAAAAAAGACUUGUCAGAUUUAAGAGUAACUAAGAAACCAGGAGAAGGAAAGCAAGUCAAAAUGGUAUUUUCGUUUGGCGAUCCUAGUCCGGUAAAAGUUACACAAAACAAUAGUUCGCCAGUCAGUACAAGUAACGGGAAUCAAAAGGAAUCAAAACCUAAAACUCCAGUGUUAAUGGGAGAAUUUGAUCCAAAGAAUUUUAUGGAAAAAGUCCCGGAUGUAGAUCCUGUUGGAGCAGCAUAUCCUGAAUGGAAGAAGCAACUCUUAGCCAGACAGUUGGCAGAGAAAGCGUUGCAAGAAUCAGAAGAAAAGAAAAAGCAAGAAGAAUAUGAGGCACGUUUCGCAAACAUGCCAGCAUGGAAACGUCAAAUGAUUGAACGGAAGGAAUUCCAAGCAAAACAAUCUGGAAACAAGUAAAGGUCACAAUGGUGAAUAUGUAUAUAAAGAUGCUAUAUUUUUGAAAGAAAAAAAUGAUCAAACAUUGCUUUUUUCAAAUACAAUACAGGUUAUUGGCGAGUAUAGAGCUACACAACAUUGAAAUUAUCUUCAAAUCAUCUAUGUAUAGUUACAAUAUCAUCUAAUGUAUGAACUGAGGGCUGUUCUAUUUAUAUAAAUGUUAUUAGAAUAGCCCGGAUGUACAAUCAUGUCUAUGUUAAUUUCCACGUAUGUAUUCAUGUUAGCAAUCCUAAGAAUGUGUCGGGUCAGUACAGGUAUUUUUUUUAUCAUGUUUACGUCAUAAUUCACAAAUACAUUUUAUUCUAUUUUUAACAAAAUUAUUACUUACUAUAUGUACCAUUGUUUUUGAAGGAUAAAGUUUGUAUUCUUGCGAUGAAAGUCCUUUUUUGAAUUUUUCUAGACCUUAUCAUUGUUUGUAAGAGAUGAAUUUGAAAAAAAUCUAAAAUACAUAGAACAUUUAGCACAACAUUCUUUAUAUUCUUCCCGUGUUCAUUUCGGGAAAUAUUUUAAUGAACUAUAUUGACAAUACAAUGAACUCAUACCUAGAUAAGUAGCAUUGUAAUGUGACAACAUUAGAAUUACAGCUUUUAUAAAAGUAUAUUUUAUCUCUGUUCUUAGACUUUCUAAUACAAUGUGAACAUUAACAGCAAUUACAUUGAGAUGUCUAAGUUUAGCUGACACACGACAAUGCUAUAAAUACACUCACAUUUAUUAACAAUUACGGAAUGUUUACAAAUUACAUAUUCGCUUGUGUCUGCUAUUCUAUGUUUAAUCAUAGUAAUUUAUCUUCAGUUUAAAAUAAGAAAUUAAUUACGGAAAUUGUGAACAAAAUUCUGCAAAUAUAAUCGUUGGAUUUUUAUUUUUUUGAUUAUUUUUCAUUUUUACAAAGUAUCACAUCAGCAGAAACUUAUUUUUACAAUUUUUUUUUCUUAUUUAUGCUUUGCUAAGUUAUUAUUACGAGUCUACUCUACUGCGACAAUCAGAAUUGUGAACGAGAAAUGACAAAACAAUUAGCAAGAUAUAACAGUUCUGUUUCAAACAUUAUAAACAUGUAGCUUUAACAAACAAAUAUCAUGGCAAUUUAUAAUAAGUGAAUCUUAAUCCCAAAAUUCAAUAAGAUAUUUUGAAUAUCUUUCAAUAUAAAUUAAAAAAAUGCAAUGUUAUAUGAAGUGAGAAUCUAAAACAUCUGAUGCUUACAUUUUCCAUUCUGAAUGAAAAUAAUAAAGAUAAAAGUAUUACAUGCUAGUUUACUACAAAAUAGAUUUGCCAAUUUCUUAAAUAGUUAUUCUGCUUUUUGAAAACUAACAAAAUGCAUUGAUAAGUGUAGGAUCAGAAGUUGUUGCAAUGUUUGUAUUAUUGCAAAAAAUGUAAUGUGAUUGCAUCGAUUUUAAAGGCUUGCAUUGUAUAUGUUUAUCACAUUUUUUGUAUGAAACAUUUCAUGAAAUCGCAUUGAUUAUUCCCCAAUUUUGGUCUAUUUAUCACCAAUCGCAUAUCCAGUAUAAGUUUGUCUACACUUCUUUGCAACCUAGUGUCAAUCUUUUACAAAAUGUUUUAGGUAAAAGGAUUUUCAAUACUAGUAUGCAAAUGUAGAACAUAAUCAAACAAGAUAAUUCUACGACAUCACCUUUCAAAGAAAAAGGUGGAUAAUUGGGUCCAGCAUUUUUAAGUACGAGGAGGCAUAAUAACCACCUUAAUGACGCCAGCAUUAACCAAAAAAUCAGACAAAUUUAUUUGGGAAUUCGUCAUUCAAGGAUCAAAGCUAUAUAUCCCUGCUCAUAACCUUGUUAGGUAAACAACAUAAACCAAUACACAAUAACGAAUCAAGUUAUGGGUAACACACGAAAUUGAAAAACCAUAAUACACAUUGUGAUUUGAACUCCUACAUAGAACCAAUAGCAGCAGUGUUUUCUGUAAAUCUCUAUUUGAAUUAUUUUAAGUUAUAAAUAACGUUAUGUCAAAUACCAUUUGUGAUUGUUCUCUAUAUAUUACUAGUAUAUUUAAGCUAACAAUGAUUAAUUUGUUGUGUUUUUAAAAGCCAAAAAAUUGUAUGUCUGAUGCAAAACUUAUGAUAAAGUAUGAAAAUUUGCAAGGUACUUGCUUAACAAUUAUUGUACAGAUAUUUUAUGAUUUUCAAAUUUGAGUUAAGGUUAAACAGUCAAUACUUCUCCAGAGUUAUAAUAUCAAAAGUUUUGAAUGAUGGUAAUAAAGAGAGCAAUAAAUUAUGGACGUCGUAUGUUUAGCUAAGUGAGGAAAUGCACAGAAACUGUCAUUGUUCAAAGGUUUGCAUUUACUUUUUAAAUUAAAUGAAUGCUAUUUUUAAUUGGUGGUACUAGAGGAUAAUUUCAUAAUUACAAAAUUUCAAACAUUGGUAGAAAAAUAUCAUAUAUAAAUAGGAUAUACAAUUCCAGAAUUUCAAAUUGGAAUGCUUGGAAAACAAGUCAAAAGUUAAAUAUAUAAUAUAUUUGGAAUUGACGUUCGACACCAAAUAUGAAGGAAUUUUGAUUUGUUAUAAUUGAUUGUCUUAAGUUGUACUUUAUAUUCUUUAAGACCCUUAAGAUAAUUGUAUUAUUAUUAUUUAGUCAGCAACAACAUUAUUAACACUGAGCACUGUCACUUGCCAAAACAAAAUUUCAGUAUUGUCAGUAUAUAUUAUACACAAGCAUAUUUAUUCCUAUAUACAGUUGUGUUGUUAAGAUGAGUUACUAUUUUAAUUAUUAAGUUUAAUCAAAUUCAUUAUUAUCCAUUUGAAUUUUAUACCACAUUGUAAUAAUGCUUUGUCACAUGAAAUAUGAAAUAUAUUUAAUGAAAUGA